CUCGCCUUCCGUCACCAUGUUACGCAACUUACGUCGCAUUAAGCUUCCUCUGGCCUUGCGCAACCGCCAAGCCGCGGUCUCGACCAAUGGUGUCCGCUCGUUUCAUGCGAACUCGACGUCCGUGGCGACUUCCAUCCGCUUGAACAGCCGCGCCAAAUUUUGCGUCGCCCAAAUUCGAUCGUUUGCAUCCGUGGACAUCCCUGUCCCGUCCAUGGGUGACUCCAUUUCGGAAGGCACAGUCGUUGAAUGGGUCAAGAACGUCGGCGAUCAUGUCGAAGCGGACGAUGUCGUCGUGGUCAUUGAAACGGACAAAGUCAGCGUGGACGUCCGAUCCCCUCACGCUGGCGUCAUCACGGCCCAUUUGGCCGACGUCGACGCCAACGUGAAUGUUGGCGCGCCGUUGUUUCAAUUGGAUCAAGGCGCAUCGUCGGGCUCUGCUCCUGCCGCGUCCUCUCCUGCUCCCGUUGCCUCGACGCCGGCCCCCGCCGCCCCGACCAGCGACGCUGCUCCGGUGACUGUGAACGUGCCGUCCAUGGGCGACUCCAUCUCUGAAGGCACGGUUGUAAGCUGGACCAAGGGCCCUGGCGACCACGUCGAAGCCGACGACGUGGUCCUUGUCAUUGAAACCGACAAAGUCAGCGUCGACGUCCGUGCGCCGCAAGCCGGUGUGAUCCAACAGAGUUUGGUCAACGUGGAGGACGUCGUGACCAUUGGCGCGCCCUUGUUCACGCUGAUUCCUGGGGCCAGCGGAGCCACCAAGGCCGCCGCGCCUGCUACGCCCGUCGCGCCCACGCCUGUCGCCGCCGCAGCCCCCGCCCCGGCAAAGAAGCAAGCCGAGCCAACCAAGGCAGCCCCUGCUGUGGCGACCAACAUUUCGUCGCCUCUGCUGGGCGGUAGCUUGCCUCGUGGCACGACCCGCGAGAAGAUGAGCCGCAUGCGUCUUCGCAUUGCCGAGCGCUUGAAGGAGUCGCAAAACACCAGCGCGAGCCUCACGACGUUCCAAGAAGUGGACAUGUCCAAGCUCAUGGCGCUGCGGUCCACGUACAAGGACUCGUUCGAAAAGAAGCACCACGUCAAGCUGGGCUUUAUGAGCGCGUUCAUCAAGGCGUCGGCGGCCGCGCUGUUGGAAAACCCAGGCGUGAACGCAUCGAUCGACGACAAGCACGCUGAGAUCAUCUACCGCGACUUCGUCGACAUCAGCGUGGCCGUGGCGACCCCCAAGGGCCUCGUCACCCCCGUGCUCAAGAACACCGAGUCGAUGAGCUUUGCCGACAUCGAGAAGACGUUGGCACAGCUGGCCGAGAAGGCGCGCGCCGGCGAAAUCACGAUGGAAGACAUGGCCGGCGGUAACUUUACCAUCUCCAACGGCGGCGUGUUCGGGUCGCUCAUGGGCACGCCCAUCAUCAACGUCCCCCAGGCGGGGAUCCUCGGCAUGCACGCGACCAAGAUGCGCCCGGUGGUGCUGGCCAACGGCGAAAUCGUCGCGCGGCCGAUGAUGUACCUCGCAUUGACGUAUGACCACCGGCUCGUGGACGGCCGGGAGGCCGUGACGUGCCUCAAGUCGAUUGCCGACAAGAUCGCCGACCCCGAGCGUCUGUUGCUGGACUUGUAAAGCCUCGUAAUUCGUAGAACCUAUGGGUUCCGAUUCUUCGGACACCCCUCAUCAUCAUCACGAGAAUUCAACAUAACACUCGAUAGCACAAUAUUGGAUUUGUUGGGCAGUUAUCUCGAUGUGACUGACUCGAACAAGCGUGGGCA